AUGGAGAAGUCAAGUUUUCUUCUUGUGGUGAUUUCGUGUGGUCUCCUCUUCGCUUGUGUAAUUGAAGCUACUGAGAAGAACUUUCAGGAUGAGACCAGCCAUGUACUUGGGCCUAGAAAACUGCUUAGAGGACCGGCUGAUUCACCACCACGAGGUCCACAUAAGCCAACCAUGGUCGGUGUAAAGCCAUGGUCACCAUCACAACGCCUUGUGUUUAGAAUGUUACCAAAAUAUGUUCCUAUUCCGCCAUCGGGACCUAGCAGAGGAGAGACUCCUCCAUUGCCCUUUAGAACCGUGUAA